AUGAAACUCACAAUAAUAAUUGCAUAUUUGUUCCAUUGUAUCACAUUAACAUUGGCAACUGGAUUUAAAGGAAAAAUUCAAGGAAUCCCUGAAGUUAACGAAUUGUUCAAAACUAAGAAUAAGAUUGUUCCGAAUGGGGAGAAUUAUAACAACAGAAUUCAAGUUGAUUUAUAUCCAUCCGAUUCAUUUACUCCAAUUUCAACAAUUAUAGAUUCAAAUUAUAAUUUUAAAUUCAAUUCUUUACAACCUGGAGAAUACGAAUUAAUUGUCAAUUCUUAUGAUUUUACAUUUUAUAAUAAUAGAUUCAAAAUUAUCGCUAGUGAUGAUUCAGUGAUUGCUUAUGAACAUAAACUUGGUGAAAAUUCUUACAAUGUUAGUUCUGCAGUUGAAUUAAAUGAUAAAUCACCAUUGGUUAUAAAUUAUUUUGCUACUAAAGAAUUCUAUCAGUAUGCAGGGGGUAGUCUUAAAGAUAUGAUAUUGAAUAGUCCAUUUGGAUUCGUUUUCAAGAAUAGAGCUUUAACAAUCACAUUCAGUAUUUGUGUAGCUGUCAUGGUUGCUCCUUAUAUACUUAAGGUUGUUAAUCCUGAAUUUUAUGCUGAAUUGAAUGAUAUUCAAACAAAAGUUGCUCAAGAAAGAUUGGAAAAAGUUGAAAAAGCAGAAACUCCUAUAAAAUCCACCGGUGCCAAUAGACCAAUUGGUGCUAAACAAAGGCGAUAG